UGGGGGUGGUGGGAGAGCGUCUCGACGCCGGUUCCUUCACUUAGUGAAGAGCAGCAUGUGGUGGUGGCUGCUCCUCUUAGUCACCGUAGUGACGGCCGAAGCAAAACGGCCAACGACCACUCAAGAACCGGUUAUCGAAGAAGUCACUGCCAAGCAACUAGAACGCAUCCUCUCAGAAAAGGACUACGUCGCCGUCUUCUGGUAUGCCCGAAGUUGCACCACAUGCGAUAAAGUACUGCUUGAAUUAGAACAAAUCGACGAUGAUACCGACUCGUUUGGAGUGGAUUUUGUCAAAAUUAACGAUAAACGACUUGCCAAACAAUAUGGCAUCACAAAGUUCCCUGCUCUCACGUACUUUAGAGAAAAAGAGCCGAUUAUAUACGAAGGUGACUUAAUGGAUGAAGAACAAGUGUUAGAUUUCCUCACCAGCUUAGAAGCUGUGGAUUUACCUGACCGAAUUGAAGAAGUGAAUGCGAAAAUUUUGGAAAAAAUAGUUGAAAGUACCGACUACGUUGCUGUUUUGUUCUGUCCAGACGCCGACACGUGCACAAAAUCGGGAAGCAAUAAACCAGAAUGUAAAAAAUGCUCCAAAGUUUUGAUGGAACUUGAAAAUAUUGACGACGAAGCUGAUCAACUGGGUAUUGGUUUCGUGAAAAUUAACGAUGAAAAUCUGGCCGAAGAAUAUAAUUUGGGAACCUUGCCUGCUCUUGUUUAUUAUAGACAUCAGACUCCCAUUAUUUAUGAAGGUGAAUUAACCAAGGAGGAAGAUGUGCUAGAAUGGUUAGUUCAGCAUAAAAGUACUGGAGACGAAGAUGAUACAAUCGAAGAUGUUACAUUAAAAACACUCACUACUCUAGUAACCAGUGUAGACCACUUAGCUGUACUUUUUUAUGAUCACGGUUCAGAUGAGUCUAAUGAUGUCCUGGAUGAUUUAGAGCACAUUGAUGACGAUUGUGAUAAGUACGGUAUUCAGUUUGUGAAGAUAGAUGAUGCCAACGCGGUGAAAGAAUACGGUUUAGAUUCCUUACCGGCUGUGGUAUAUUUUGAGAAAGGAAUUCCAAAUGUUUAUGACGGAGAUUUAGAACAAGAAGAAGAAAUAUUGCAAUGGUUAGUAGAACAACUCGAAAAAGAUGAAAUAGAAGAUGUCACCGAUGAAAUGUUGGACAAAUUGAUACAAGAGAGUAAAUAUUUGGCCGUGCUAUUCUAUGACGAUGACGAUAGAAAAUCUCAAAAAGUUCUCAACGAAUUAGAAAACAUCGACGACGAAUGCGACCAGCUCGGCAUCGUUUUUGUAAAAAUUGAUAACGAUGACGAAGCCAAGGAAUACGGUAUCGAAAAACUACCUUCCCUUGUUUACUUCGAAGGAGGAGUACCGACUCUGUACGAAGGUAACCUAGAGGAUGAAGAAAAAGUGUUGAAAUGGUUAGAUCAUCAAGUUAAACAUGAUGAAAUUGAAGAUGUCACUGACGAAAUGUUGGAUAUUCUAAUAAGUAAAAAGUCCCAUGUUGCCGUACUUUUUUACGACAAAAACCAAAAGAAAAGCCAAAAAGUCUUGACAGAACUAGAAAAUAUCGAUGACGAGUGUGAUCAGAAUAACAUUGCUUUUGUAAAAAUCGAUAACCCCGAAGAAGCCAAAGAGUACGGCAUUGAUGUUAUACCCAGUUUGGUACUGUUUGAAAAACGCAUCCCUCAUUUAUAUGAGGGAGAUUUAACAAAGGAAGAAGAACUAUUAGAUUGGUUGCUACAUCAGAAGAGACACAGUGAGAUACCUGAUGUUACCGACGAAAUGAUGGAGCUACUUAUAAAUUCUGAGAAGUAUUUGGCAGUUUUGUUUUAUGAUAAAGAUGACAAACAAGAUAUACGAGUAUUAAACGAACUGGAAAACAUCGAUGAUGAUCUAGAGAGAGAGGGAAUAGUUAUCGUUAGGAUAGAUAACGACGCUGAAGCUAAAGAAUAUGGUAUCGACCAUUUACCAACGUUAGUGUAUUUCGAAGAUAAAAUACCAUCAAUUUACGAAGGAGAGCUAAUGAACGAAGAUGAAGUAUUGAAAUGGCUUAUUGAACAAAAACAAACAGCAACUAUUGAAGAAGUAACAGAUGAAAUAUUGGAAGAUCUCAUUCAAGAACACGAGUAUGUUGUGGUUUAUUUCACUGGUAACUGUGAAGAAGGUCAAGAAUGCGAUAAUAUUCUCAAAGAAUUAGAAAAUAUCGAUGACGAACUAGAUGAAAAUGGUAUCAUAUUUGUUACAACCGAAGAUAUAGUUAUAGCUAAAAAAUAUAACAUCAAAAAUUUCCCUAAACUAGUGUUCUUCCGAAACAAAGAACCGUUGGUAUAUACUGGAGAUAUUGAAGACGAAGAUGAAGUUCUAGCUUGGUUAACAGAUGAAAAUACUUUGGAAAUUCCUGACAGAAUUGAAGAAGUUAAUAGCAAAAUGUUGGACAAGAUUCUUGGUGAAAACGAACAUGUAGUCGUAUAUUUCUAUAAAGAGGGAGAUAAACGAUCUCAUAAAAUCCUACAAGAACUUGAAAAUAUCGACGAUGAAUGCGAAGAUAAAGAUAUAGAUUUCGUUAAAAUAUCCGAUGAAGGUAUCCAAAAGGAAUACGAUCUUCCCUCACUACCGGCUGUCGUUUUCUACAGAAAUAGAUUUAGAGAAAUCUAUACAGGUGAUUUAAUGCACGAAGAAGCGAUACUAGACUGGAUAUUGACAUUAAGAGAUUCAGCUCCUGAUGUUAUUGAGAACGUAGAUAGAAAAACUUUACAGGUACUAAUAAACGACAUUGAACAUUUAGCCGUUCUUUUCUAUAACGAUGUCUGUGAAGAGUGUAGCGAAAUCUUAGAAGAAUUAGAAAAUAUCGACGAUGACGCUGACAAACACGGAAUACAGUUUGUUAAAUCCACGGAUGCCAAAUUAGCCGCAGAAAUUGGUAUUUUCAGUUUUCCUGCUCUUGUGUAUUAUGAAACCGGAGUUCCGAUUAUGUAUGAUGGAAAUUUAUUGGACGAAACAGAAGUUCUUGAAUGGAUGACAGAUCAAAAAAAUGAUCAAAGUAUUGAAGAAAUAAACAGAGAAAAAUUAUUCAACUACAUAGACACCAAGGAAUUCCUAGCGGUAAUAUUUUACAAAGAAGAAGAUCCAGACAGUCCACGAAUUUUGCGUCACAUCGAACUAAUAGAUGACGAAGCGUCUGAGUACGGUAUAAAAAUUGUAAAAAUGAAAGACAGGCUUAUGGCUAAAAAGUACGGAUUCAGAAAUCCUCCAGGCAUAACAUACUUCAGAAAAGGCAAACCAAUUAAUUACGAUGGAGAUAUCGACGAUGAAGAAGAAAUAUUAGAUUGGUUAAACGACCCCGAAAACAUGGAAUUGACUGAUCAUAUUGAGAGAGUCAAUAGAAAAAUGUUCGAAAAAAUUAGACAAAGAUCAGAUUAUGUAGCAGUGUUUUUAUAUAGCAGCGACUGCAAACAGUGUCCAAGAGUCCUUGCAGAAGUCGAACAUAUUGACGAUGAAGCCGAUGGAGCCGGAAUCAACUUUGUUAAAAUAGAAGAUAAACAGAUGGCGAAAGAAUUAGGAGUUUUCGCUCUACCUGCUAUUCUGUUCUUCAAGAUGGGUUCUAAGGAACCAGUAAUCUAUGCAGGAGAUUUAUUCGACGAACAACAGAUUCUACAAUGGAUGUUAACACAAAAAGAUCCGUCUGGAGACGUUAUUGAAGCUUAUGAUGGAAGUGAACUGUUAACAUUGAUAGAUAAUGAAGAAGCGUUAGCUGUGUAUUUUUGGAACAAGACACUUUGCGAUAUAUGCGGUGAAACCAUGGAACAGCGGCCUAAGAAGAGUUCGAAGAAAAGUUCUUCAGAAAAUCAAACAGCGUCAAAAAUUAACGAUAGCGAAGAGUGUGAACAAUGUUACAAGAUUCUCGAAGAAUUAGAAAACAUAGACGAUGAUUGUGAACGUCAUGGUAUAAAGUUUGUUAAAACACAAGAUCUUCGAAUAGCCGAACAGUACGGAGCCACGGACUAUCCGGUUUUGAUGUAUUUUGAAAAUGGAAUCGGUGGAGUAUUUGAAGGUGAUGUGGAGGAAGAAGAAGAAGUUCUCCAGUGGCUUAUACAACAAAGGACGGAAGAUAGAAUAGAAUUAAUAACCAGGGUGAUGCUUGAAAAAAUGGUAGAAGAAACGCAAUACUUAGCUGUAUAUUUCUAUAAACAGAACUGUUAUAUCUGUGAAGAAAUCCUUGAAGAGUUAGAACAAAUUGAUGACGAAUGCGACAUAUACGGUAUUCAUUUAGUGAGAAUUCAAGAUCCCCAAUUAGCUAAAAGAUACAGCAUCAAAACAUUCCCUGCGUUGGUUUAUUUCAGAAACGGAAAUCCGUUAUUGUUUGAAGGAGAUCUUCAAAACGAACAGUCUGUUUUAGAAUGGUUGACAGAUGAUGACAAUAGAGAGCUGGAAGAUCAAAUCGAGUUGGUAAAUGAGAGGAUGCUAAUCAGAUUAUUGAAUACAUCUCCAUUUCUGGCUGUUUUCUUUUAUGAUGAAGACUGUCCAGAAUGCGAUAUGAUUCUGGAACAUUUGGAAGAAAUCGAUAACGAAGCUGAUCUGUUUGGAAUAGAUUUCGUAAAAAUCUGCAGUGCACAAGCGGCAGCCGAGCAGGGUCUCCAUACGCUUCCUGCAUUGAUGUAUUUCAGAAAGAAAAAACCGAUGGUAUACGACGGUGAUCUAAGUCAAGCUGAUCGCGUAUUAGAAUGGUUAACAUCACAAGAUGUAUUCGAAAUUAAAAAUGAAAUCGAAGAAGUCAAUAAAAAGAUGCUAGAGAAAUUGCUGGAGGAGAACGAAUACGUUACAGUAUUUUUUUAUGAGCUGAACUCUGAAGACAGUAAAUUAAUAUUAGAAAAAUUGGAAAACAUCGACAGUGAAACAGACAAUUUUGACAUAACGUUCGUUAAGAUGGCCGACGCUCGAUACGCCAGAAAAUGGGGGGUGACGAACCUUCCUGCCAUCGUGUAUUUCAGACGCCGCUUCCCGAGCAUAUAUAGGGGAGAUUUACAUUCCGAAGCGGAUGUCCUCGAAUGGCUCCGAAAGAACAGAUUCAGGCAACCCGAGUUGAAUCUCUUCAUGUAUGCACUUAUGGCGAUAAUCGUAGCAUUUUUUAUUUACACGGCAUUUUUACUACAAUGUUUCAAAGUUACGCCCACGACAACGGUCGUUGUGCAUACGAAGCAAAGUUAAACGUUUUUAUUUCAUCUUUGAAGGGUUACAUUUUUUUUAUUUAACAACUUUUGAUUAGAGUAGGUUUGAUCUUGUAGUGCUGCUCGUAUACCGUCGAAUCGAUCGUAGCUCGAUUUGUUUGAGGACUCUUCCAUGCACCAUUUGAGUUGAAAAGAUGAACAAUUUUUUAUUAUCAUUUGUGCUGCUUAUGGAUAAAAUCAUUGAUAUUUCAAUAUCAAUAUAAGGUCAAACUUCGAAUUAAUACCAACAUCUGAUUUCUAUAAAACUCCGUGAAGUAUUGGGAUGGAAUGAUGGGGUAAUGCUAAAGAAAUUGGGGAGUGGGGAAAGACAGAUAUAAAAACAAUGAGAUCUGGUGCUCUGAACUGGUUCUAUCAUCGGGAGAAUGGGAUUCUGAGCCCCGAGCUCGAAGGUAUUUAUAAAAAAGCGGUUUUUAUGAUAUGAAUGUAGAAACGAGAGCGAUAAGCACCGAGAAAAUCCAAGGAACCGAGUAAAUUUUAUCUCAAAUGCUUGUAAAUUGCAUUUAACUAACCUAACCUUGUUUUUAUUGAUCCUUUCUAAGUAACAACAGAGAGUACCUCAUGAAGAUAAGGGAUCGAAGUUUAUGAUUACCUGUCCUCCGUACUUCUCAUUUGCUCAUAAGAUGAAUCUGGUCACUAUUUUUGAUUGAUUGGGAGAUCGGUUUAUAAUAGUUUAUCCAGUUCUAUCUGGCUGCUCGCCCUUUCGAGUUACCAGAUAGAUGAGGGAAAUCGUCUCGUUUUCUAACGCAUCUUUCAGCAUCAUAAGAGCUCAUAGGAUAAACAUGCGAAUUCAAGAAUUUAUUGAAACGAGUUUUGGGGAUUUAAUUCUUAUUUAAUUAGACAGAGUUUUCAAGAGCUGAAUUUUUUUGUUGAGUUGGUGAAUUUCGGAGGUACAAAAGGAGGCAUCCCCAAGAGAAUUGUUUGUUGGUACUAAUCCAAAGAUGAGCCUAUUAUCACGAUAACUGUUAUAUAUAAAUUUGAAUGAAAUAUAGGAUUUUUAAACAAAUCUAUUUGUAAUAAUUACCGAAAAAUACAAGAAUCUUUCAAUAAACAUUUGACCUUCAAGCAUUAUCAAUUUUUGACGUAAUAAUCAUUGUCCAACAUAUUGGAAACAGACAUUUAUCUUCCAUUUUAUUUGAUUGCAAUAAUUUUGCGAUCAUUAUAAUAGUUUCCUAUCAGAAAUUCCAUUUCUCCCAUUAAAUAUCCCUCUAUAUUCUUCUUUAUUAGCCCUUCAAUAUCUACACCUGUAUAUAUUUAUCUCUCCAUUUUCACUAUUCUUCUUUAGCUAAUUAAAAGAAUUUACACUCUCGUUUUUCUCUAUUAUCGUUCCUCAAUUGUCUGAUAUUAGCUUCUUCUUUUUUCAUUAUAUCCUCAGCACAUCUUUCACAAUGUUCAAUCUAAUUAGAAUUAUAAUUAUCAAUUCAUUGCUUUUAAAUGUUUUUUCAAGCUUUAUUCUAUAGUUUGUACUUAACGCCAAUAGUAACACCUUUUGUAGUACCCAGUUUAAAUGUGCUUUCAAGGAAUAAAGGCAGUAAAGUAAAGAGACCAAAUGGAGCCAUUCAUAUACAAACGCGCGCUUUGGACAAGCGCUAACCAACCGCAACGCUGGUAGUUUUCAGUACAACCGAUGCGUUUUGAUGGCGCUUCCAGUGACAAGCGCUUGCUUUUCAUACUCUGCUGUAUAUUUUGAAAACAAGUUUCUAUCAAUACACUUUCAAAAUUGAACAUGGGUUAUGAUGUAAAGCUAUUUAUUUAUGGAAUUCAAAAACAGAAAUGUAUGUGGGAUGUGUAUGUUUACAGUAUCACUUUUCCCUACUGCACGAUCAACGCGGCGUCUAACGCCCUCCUAUGUACAUAACCUGAACUAUUAUAUCGUAAAGCUACAGUGCUCAAGAUACUUUUUCAACUUAUAGCUUUCGUUUGCAGAUUGUCGGCAUCGUUGUGUGCUUCAAGUGAAACACAUCCAAAAUAAAACGCAUUUCAUAAACGGACGUAUUUUUUCUAAACUUCAAAUAUUUUCACAAUAUAUUCAUUGAUAUACAUAACAAAUAUGUUAUGCCUACAUAGUGAAAAAAUUUUACUUUUCCCCGAGCUUCAUACUAUUUUCAUAGUCUGGCAACAUUGUAAUAUCAUACCAAUAGUAAAGACGUAUACCAUAUUUAUAGUGCAAACUAGACUUAAUUUUUUUCGCCGUAGAUACCCCGAAGGUGUUCAUUUUUGUGACAUUUAUCACGAACCAACCUCUAGCCUAGGUAUUUUCUAGAAUAAACCUUCGGCCAGUUAAUAAUAUAUUAAAAUAAAUAUUAUAUACAUUUUAUUCUAGUUUUGAAUUCAAAUUUAAACUUUAGAUGUUCAUAAAUCCUUCGUGUAUAUUCAAAACAAUGCAUGUGCAUUUGACAUGUUCAGAAGAUAUUCGGAAUGUGUUUAAAUUGUCUACCGCGAGCAAAGCUAAUGGCAGGAGCUUCGAAUAUGUUUGUUGAAAGUAUUUCUUGUACCUUGUUACGUAACUCAUAAAUUGAAAAUAAAAUUGGAUCUAUAUGAUUUUUUUGUUCAGUUUUCUCCACUUGUUGUAGAUAUUAUGUUGUAUAGAAUAUUCUAAUUUUUUAAUUUAGUUAUUUAUUCAUUUAAUCGCUGUUACCCUUCACCCGUGAGUUAAAAUUAUUCAACGGAUUUUCGAAUCCUGGACCAAUAAGUUACGUAAUCGUUCAACGUUAAGAAAGUGUUCAUUGUAAAUCUUAAUAUAAUGUUAACGUCUACUCUGUACAUAUUGUACUAUCAUUCCCGAAAUAGGCAAAAAAGGUAAAUCAGUUUUAAAUAUGUGAAUAAAGGAAUGUAAAUCUUGUAAAUAAAUAUGUAAAUGUAAGU